AUGAGCGGCAUCAAAGACAGCGAAGGCACCGCUGUACGUGCGACGAGCCUGGAUUAUGGCAAUUCUACUGGAGCCCGCCACCACUAUGACAACCAUGGUGAGCCUGAAGUCAUCGACCAGCAUGAACGGAGCACUGCUGCUCCAGCUAAGAAGUCAUGGGCUUCUAAGCUUGCCUUCUUCCGCACCAGGGAGUUCUGGUUCAUCCUGGUACUCGGACAGUUCCUGGCGGUAUGCAUCACGGGGACCAAUACCAUGUCCUCUCUGUUGGUCGAGCAGGGAACGAACAUUCCGGCAUUCCAGUCCCUGUUCAACUAUAUUUUGCUCAACAUAGUGUACACCAGCUACACAUUGUAUGUGUAUGGUCCCAAGAAGUGGGCGCGCAUGGUCUUCAAGGACGGCUGGAAGUACAUUAUCCUGGCCUUCUUCGACGUUCAAGGCAACUACUUCACUGUGCUCGCCUACCGCUACACAACCAUCAUGUCUGCACAGCUUAUCAACUUCUGGGCUAUUGUCGUUGUCGUCGCCAUCAGCUUCGUCUUCUUGAAGGUGCGCUACCACUGGGCGCAAGUCAUCGGCAUCCUCGUCUGCAUUGGCGGUGUCGGCGUAUUGAUCGGCUCCGACCACCUCCAAGGCUCGACUAUCGGCGGCAUUAAAGUCGGCGACCAAGUCAAAGGCGACCUCUUCGCUCUGCUCGGCGCGUCAUGCUAUGGUCUGACGAAUGUCUACGAGGAGUGGUUCGUCUCCGGCCGCCCACUUUACGAAGUCAUUGGCCAGCUCGGCUUCUGGGCUAUGAUCAUCUCCGGCGUGCAAGCCGCCAUCUUCGAUCGCGACAGCUUCACCAAUGCCACUUGGAAUGGUGACGUCGCGGGCUAUCUUGUUGGCUAUACCUUGAUUCUCUUCAUUUUCUACUCCUUGGUCCCCGUGUUGUACCGAUUUGCGUCGGCCGCAUUCAUGAAUAUUUCCCUGCUGACGGGAAAUUUCUGGGGCGCGAUCAUUGGGACAAAGGUGUUUGGACUGACGGGGAUCCUCGGAGAGGCGAAGAAGGCUUGGUUGGGUGAGGAUCAGGCCAAGGGCAUCGAUGGGUUUGGCAGUGCGAGGAGAAAGAUGAGAAAGAUGCAGGGUGUGCAGAGAGGUGAUGAGGGGGUCGUGGCGCCUGGUGUAGUCUGA